UCGGCUGUACUGUUUUGUAGUACUUAUUGUGAUUUGAAACGAAGGGAUAUUAUUAUAAAAGAAAAAGAUAUUAGCAGUGUGAAUAAAAAUUGCAGCCAAAUAACAAAUCGCGAUAGAUUUUGUUAUUGUUUAUAUCUCAGCAGGCACAUAUACCAUCAAAAUGUUAGGAAAAGAGAACUUGGUUAGAAAACAUUUAUGUUUUGAAGACGUUAGAUGUCUAUGGACGACGUAGAUGGUACUGACAUCAGUAUAAGUUCUGAUGAUACUGUUUAAUCGGAAACAUCGCAGUUAAAUUACAAUAAAGAUUCCGAGUAUAAAUAUAAUCUUUUGAAUCACUUUGGCUAUUUGCUUGUCGAUUUCACGAAAUUAGACAAUAUGGAGUAUGAAAAGCAGAACGGGCUCUUCGACGUUUUUUGCGAACAGCCGAAUAAAAGGAUGAAAUUGAACAGCGGAGAAGCGUUCAGCACUGACGUACCUUUGGGAGAAGAGUAUAUCGAAGAAAAUGAAGCAUCAGAUGACGCAAAUGUCGAUGGCAAUGAAAGUAAUGUAUCCCAGAAGGUGCAGCAGAUGAUGAAAAAAAUGGGAUACAAGCCGGGUAAAGGUCUUGGAAAGGAUGAUCAGGGUCGCGUAGACCCAGUAGAAGCAGUUACGCAACACGGUCGAAGAGGAUUUGGGCAUCUUGUGCCAGGUCUCAAGGAAGCGAGUCUCAAGUGGAAUCCCGAAGAAGAAGAGGUAAAGGCUAUAGAAGAUAUCGACUGGUUGCGAAACGUACGUUCCGGUACGCCCCUAGCCGAGGAUCUGUGGGAAUGGAUGAAGUUGGGGCCGAAAAAGUUCAGUAUAGACGACGAGACCAUGUUUUGCAAUCCGGAGAUUCUCAGGCAGAUUAUAAAUUCUAAAACCAUAUUUGACAAAUUGGACAAAGUGGAGAUGCGUAAAGCGAGAACUCGUUCAAAUCCGUACGAAACGAUACGCACUGUCAAUUUUCUGAAUCGCGCCGCUGUCAAAAUGGCGAACAUAGACAGAGCAUGCGAAUUCAUGUUUACGGAUCCGAAGAGCUUGGAUCCGAACGAGCUGCUGUACUUCGCGGAUGUGUGCGCCGGUCCGGGUGGCUUCAGCGAAUACGUUCUCUCUCGGAAGAAGUGGCACGCCAAAGGAUUUGGAUUUACCUUGAAGAACGAAAAUGACUUUACGCUGGACGAGUUCUUUGCUGGCCCGUGCGAGACUUUCCAUCCGUUCUACGGCGCCAAAGACAACGGUGAUGUAUUCGACGCGCAGAAUCAAGAGGACUUUAGAUUGCUGGUGAUGAAGCAUACCAAUGGUAAAGGCGUACAUUUUAUGAUGUCGGACGGAGGAUUCUCGGUGGAGGGUCGAGAAAAUAUACAGGAGAUUCUAUCGAAGCAAUUAUAUCUAUGUCAGUGCCUAGUGGCACUGAUGAUAGUGAGACCAGGAGGACAUUUUGUUACAAAGCUGUUCGAUUUGUUUACGCCUUUUAGCGCUGGGCUUGUCUAUCUGAUGUACAAGUGUUUUGACAGUAUUUCCAUUUUCAAGCCCAAUACCUCCAGGCCAGCUAAUUCGGAACGUUACUUAAUAUGUAAGAGGAAAAAAAUUGAUACACAAGCGACGAUCGAUUAUCUCUCUCACGUCAAUCGUUUGCUUUCAAUGAACGACGAGAACAACGACGUAAUUGAACUGGUACCCCUCGACGUAAUAGAAGCGGACACGGAGUUUGUCGGAUACCUGAGAAAUUCCAAUGAUAUUUUGGGAAGGAAGCAGAUAGUAAAUCUUCUAAAAAUCGCGGCAUUUUGCGAAGAUCCGACAUUAAUUGAGCGUAAGCAAGCGGACAUGCGGAAGGAGUGCCUCAAGUAUUGGAACUUGCCGGACAAAACUAGAGUAAGGCCCCCAAUGACAAAGCCGCAAGACAAGGCACAGGAGAUAUUGAGUGGCUCCAUAACGUUACUCGGUUGCGACGCAACGAAAUUGAAGAACGACAACAUACACAGUACGCUAUUAAAAACAGGCGAACCGUAUGACUGGUAUUGCAUGCCGUGCGGUACAGGCCCAAACAUCGAGGAAGACAAAAUAGCAACGUUUUACUUAGGUCUAGGAAGAAGAAAAGUAUACCGAUACGCAAAAGGCAAAUGGGAAUCGGUAGGAGACGCAAAGAUCGAAUUACCGUCCAACACACUUGUAUACGCUGAACUGGUAUACGAAGCAAAGUGGAAUGGAAAGUUUAUCUCGAAGACACGCGCGUUACACAUUUUGGAUGCUUAUAUGCUCGGUGGAGAAGAUAUAAGCAAGCUGUACAUAUCCCAUAGGUACGAACUCACGAAAAAGUUUUGCGACGCGCUAUGGAAGCCAGUCCCGAACGAUUGCAUUUGCAUUCGUGCUAAAGAUAGGUUCCUGCUAAAGCCAGAUAUACAGAAAAAAUUACAAGUCACACAACGCCGCGCGCUGAAGCUGCCCCUCGCAUACGGGUUCGCAAAGAGUCCUCUGGAAUAUGACGACGAGACUGAUGCGAACGAACCUGUAUACGCAGCGUUUAACAGUGUGAUGUUCCUGCGAAGUAUUGCGUCUCCAUGGGCACGUCACAUUAGCCGAAGAACCGGUGAAUUUUAUGUUUAUAAUUUAAUUACCCGACAAACCGAGUAUGAAGUUCGAGAUAAAGCGAACAACAGGCCGGCUGAAGCCGAGGCAAGUUUCGUUCAAGCGUUUAAAGAACGAGUUGUCUGGAAUUGGCCGAAUGAAUCUACAUUGACUAUGGAUGUUUUUUCUCAAAUGCUAAAUUCAUCGAAGCGUACUUAGCUUAUAGUACAAAUCUCUGUCCGUGCGCUUAUGGAUUACUUGUGAAAGAUGAAAGCGAAAGCGAAGUUUCCAUCAAUCUAAUGCCUAUAUUUUAUUUUAUUAUUAUUUAUGAAAUUAUUAUUCAUGAAAUUAUUUCGCGUCCAACUAUAAUUUACGUAAACUAUAAUACAAUUAUUUGGACAAGUGUCUAAGUCAAUUUUUUUAUUAAAAAAAAAAUACAUUAGUCCGAUGAGAGCAAGCGUGGCGUAGCAGACAGCGCACUGGUCUGCUAAACCAAAGAUCUCAGAUUCGAAUCCAGUCCUAGUAGAAGCAAAAUCAAAAAAUUGUAUCCCUUGUCUCUCCUCCUCGAUAGAAUGGCAACCCAUCAGGAAUAUCCCUUGCCUAGAAGAAACUCCCUCUACCUUGCGCACAACAAGCACACGACUUUGGGGGAGAGACGUAAGUCCGACUCGGACUGUUGCGCCAUUAAAUUGAAUUGAAUUGACAUUAGUCCGAUAAUCACAGAAACUUGUCAUCAGUUGCUUUCCAUUUGCAUCAAAACUCAGAUAAUUCUCACUUGUGAUGUCAUUCUGUCUUUAUUAUUUAUUAAUUCCCAAAAAGGAUAGAACGACGUCAUAAGUGAGAAUUAGCUGAGUUUUGAUGUAAAUGGAAAGCACCUAUUGUCUACUGUGACUAAUCAGACGUUUCUAGUCAUUAAACGAAAGAGGAUUCUUACACAAUUACUAAAUACAUAUCGCUUAUUGGUGCUUGAACGACAUUUCAAUGUAAAUUAGGACACUGCAAAAGAUCAGGAAGAUUUCAUAUAACACAUGCUAAUAACUAAUUUACAUAAUUUUAUAUAAAUUGAUUCAAGUAUAUAUCCAUUCGAUUUUGAUCAAUUUUAGUAAUUUAGAUAGCAAACAAUUCAACAAUAUAUAAACAAUAAACGCGUAAAAUGGAAAUAUAUAUAGAUAUAGAUCUAUAUCUAUAUCUAUAAUGGAAAUAUAUAUAGAUAUAGACUAUGCACAACGUUUUUGCGUAAAUUCAGUAAUCUAACUAUAUUUGUAAUUGUAAAAAUGUAUUUAUA